AUGAGCCCGCGCGAGGUGGCGCGUGCCGAGUUCUACGGCACGUACGACCCGAUGACGGGCAUCCGUAUCGCGGGCACGCUGGGCGGCUUCUUCAGCCUGAUGGUGCUGCUGGUGGUGUACAAGAGCCGGUGCAAGGCAGCCACGGUCUCCGAGCUGAUAGUCCAUGCUUCGUCGGGCAGCACGCGCCGUUCGUCGCGGGGCACGGGGACGCCGCGCCACCUGUCGAGCGCGGCCUCCUCGCGCCUCGGCCUGGGCCUCAACCCCGGAGAGGCGUCCGGCGGCAGCCGGCACUGCGGCCUGCAGAUGGCCGCGGCCCCGAUGGGGGUGGUGGGGGCGGACGCGGUGGCGGAGGGCGCGCCCGCCGCGGCCGGCCUGCAGCUGCUGUCGGUGCCGGGCUGGUCGCGCCGCCUCAGCUCCGUCACGUGCUCCUCGUCAGACACGUCCUACCUGGAGCGGCGAGGCUCCGCCGUCGAGUGCGGGCUGCCCGCGCCGCCCCCGGGCGCCUUCCGCCGCCUGCGGCCGCCGCUGCUGCCGCGCUGCGACGACGUGCGCGACUGGGACUUCUACUACCCCAUCGACAUACAGGUGAUCCAGCCGACGCCGGACGCGUCGCCGUGCGGCAGCGAGCGCACGCUGUACGCGGCGGUGCUGCCGCAGGCGCAGCUGCUGCCCGGCGCCGCCAGCGCGCGGCCGUCGCUGAGCAGACCCGCCUCCCCCGCCGCCUCCGCGUCGCUGUCGCCGCCGGCGCCGCCCCCGAGGCUCGCGCCGCUCGCCUCCAUCAGCUCCUGCGCAGCUUCGCUGCGCACCGACGACUGCGCCUCCGUCGGCUCCGACUCUGUCUUCCUCGACGACGAUGACGUGCUGGACACCGAGGACGAGGUGGAAGGGUUCUCGACAGACAGCGAUGAAGGUGAUGGUAGCAACCGUGUACGUCACUUCCUGCAAGUGCCACCUACUGUGCGGACGUUCACCCCUACGAAACGCUGGAGUGACGGAGCUGCUUCUUACUACCGGCCACGGAGGUUGCUGCCACGCCAGGCAGCUAUAACCUCACAGCUGUCUGUAUCGACGGAAGACACAGCAGCAGCUGCAGAAGUGGAGCGAGUUGCUCGGCGACCGCCCUGUCCAUUGCCACCGGAUGCCCGUCAUUCCUCAAGCAGCUCUAGUGGGAGCCCCACACUCAAAGAGACACGCUUCUAAACAUCCACUGCAAACUUUGUGGUUAACAAAUGCCCAUGAUAGCGGUGAAGACAGCAACAUGUUCCUCACUGAGUAAAAUUACAGAGCCACUAUGCAGGACCUGUCAGAUUUUUGAAAACAUUCAGCUGCAACAGGCUAAAGUGUGUGCUUCAAAAGGACUAAGACUGGUAAUGAAUGUAAAUGAAGGGAGCCCAAGUGGAACAAAUUUAAACUCUGCCGUAUCUCAGGAGCCCACAUACAACAAGAAUGGACAGACAGACAUAGAUGUAUUAAUAUUAGCUGGGUAAAACCAAUCAGUUAAUUCUGUACUGGCAACAGCACAUUACAAAUAAAACUGUUGAGCAUGGUACUCAGCAGUUUCUCCAAACAUAUGAGUUUUUUUCUCAUCAAUAGUAUGGAAUUCAAUAAAGUUAUGGAGCUACUACAAGGUGUCCACAAAUCAGAGUAGCAAAACAAUAUUGCUGUCCAAUUUCUGUACGUGACUGAUGUAGUGAACAUAUGUUAGGCCUUUCAGUCUUUGUUUAGUGCCCUAGGAGUUAAAUAAAUAUUGAAAACUGUUAGAACGACGGGUGUAACAUACCAAAUUAACAUGGUACAAUCUCAUUGGUGACUUAUGUCAAAUUGGCGUGGAAAUGGAAGAUGUGCAAUGAUUUCUAAAGAACUAAAUAACUGCAGUGAGAUAGCAAUUGUUAAUGUCCAAAAGACCCUAAUACUCAGGUGAGACCAGUACGAGUUUUGUGUAUUACAGCCAGUUGAUAGGUUGUUGACCCACUCUUAGUAUUGUCGGAUGCCUAAUGGUAAUCAUGUAUGGAAACCAGAAAAUGUUGGUAUACCUCCUUUGAAACAUCAGGACUUCAGGACUCCUGCAUGUGGCAACUCUGUACGGGGGCUGAAUGCUGUAUUGUGUCCGAUUAUCCACAUCAGUGCAUAUAUGCUAUGAUGGUUGUCAGACACUGUUUUCUAACAUUAUGAAUUUCUCUGGGCAAUUGUAGUUCCAUACAUCUCCCAUUUCUUAACUUUUCAAAUACGCGACAUAGAUAGACCUAAGAAAAAUUGCAGUCUGUGUAUAGAGUGUAUGCACAUUUUUCUAUGCUUUUAUGUGUAAGUUAGUGUGUGAGUG